AGAUGUAACAACGUUUCACACGAGAGUGGAGGUCAACAACGCUGUCAGGAUUUUUAUCAUUUAGCUAAAUGAUUGAAAUAGAUGUAUAAACUUAGCUACAUUGUGAGAUCGGUUCUGGCCAAUUUAGUCAAAAGAAUAUGCUUCUGUUUUGUCCAACAUGUGGGAAUGUGUUGAUUGUAGAGGAAGGACAGAAGUGCUAUCGAUUCGCCUGCAACACAUGUCCGUACGUGCACAACAUUACUAGGAAGGUAAACAACAGGAAGUAUCCCAAACUGAAAGAGGUUGAUGAUGUGCUUGGUGGAGCUGCAGCCUGGGAAAAUGUGGAUUCCACGCCAGAAAAAUGUCCCAAGUGUGAGCACCCCCGAGCAUUCUUCAUGCAGAUUCAGACCAGAUCUGCAGAUGAACCGAUGACAACGUUCUACAAAUGCUGCAAUUAUGAGUGUGGACAUCGCUGGAGAGACUAAACUGGUUCAAUUGGAUCUCUACCUGAGAACACUAGUUGAGUCAGCUAACCUGGUUUUAUAGUGUAUGUGCUGUAGCCAAAUCUUCUGUUGUCAUGCCAGACAGCUUUGGCAUAACAGUGAAUAAACAGGAGUUUGCUAAUAGCACAAAUAGACUGGACCACAUGGCUACUAGUUGACCACACCAUUGGCGCUAAGCUUGUUGGUGAAAAAGUAGCAAGAGUUGAUGUAAUAUACACUUCUACCAAAUAUGCUUUAUACACAAGAGUAUGUCCUUGCUUUGUUCAGCAUUGCGAUUAGUUAACUUCUCUUUGUGUUUCCUAUUACAUUCAGAAGUCAAUUGCACUUCCAAUUUAUAGCUGAAGAUGCAUCAUUUGUGUUUGAGUAGUUGCCAAAUGGCCAGAAUCCAUUGUUGGAGUCAUUUAUUUUAUUUCUCCUAGAUUUGUUUUACAUACUAUAAAAAUGACUUUGUGUUUUUGGAUUGAAAGAGUAUGACUAUCUGAUGAAAUUACUAAUAACAUCACAAAUACUGGUUUGUUUUGUUAAAAUAACUGCACUGUAUGCAACAGUAAUGACCCAACUCAUCAUUUAGAUGUACAUGUACAUUAGACAAUUAUUUAUUUUUUUGAGGGGGCAAUAGACCAACUACAAAGACAUUCAUUGUGUUCAAAGUUAAAUACAAUCCUUAAACUCUG